AUGUCUAUCAGUUCUUUAUUAAUUCUGUCACAUAAUAUAAGCAAUUUAUUAGCUUCAUUAGGAAUGAGUCUUUUUAUGAAUGCUAUUUUCUUAAAUAUAUCUGCUGGUUUUAUUUCUGGAGGCGGUGGAGAAGGAAGUGGAGGAGGGGGUGGUGGGGAAGGUAAAGCACUAUUUAAUCUUUCAUUUAAUUUUUUAAAAAUUAAAGGCAGUUCUUCCCUUCUUUACAAUAUAAUUUACCAUAUAAAUAAUGUUAAUUGGAGUGUGUUAAGUAUUGUUUUGCUAAUAUAUACAUUGAAAGGGCCCUAUGAUGUUCACUCUAUUAUUCAAGAAAUUAAAGACCAAUUAUUACUAAAUGAAAAUAUUUGGGAAAAAAAUGAUGAGACAAAAUUAAAAUUUUGUGAACGCACAAAAAAUUUAGUUGAACGAAUCGAAGGAAUUAAAAUUCAUAGAAUUGAUCAACAAUUAUUUAAUUUGGUAUUUAUUGCGCAAAUGGUGUUAUUGUGGUUACUUGUUGCUUAUUCUAAAUAUUCUAAAAAAUAG